CGACCAUAAAACCCAGCCCUUACCACCCGGCCGAACCAUGCUCACUCUGACGACACUCCUGGUCCUAACGGCCGUCGACCAACUCGCAGGGCACGAAAAGUCAUUCGAAGAAUACUCUCGAGCCCUUCAUCAACUCCUCCAAAAUCCCACCGACACGAGAGGGAAACGCCAGGCACUUUAUCCAUACUUCGACAGGGAUCUGCAACGGGUCCAAACGGACGGCCGGCACAAAUUCGUGGCCCCCGGCCCGCGGGACCAGCGCGGCGUCUGUCCCGGCCUCAACGCCCUGGCCAACCACAACUACCUCCCGCACAACGGCGUCGCCACCAUCAACGAGUUCAUCGCCGCCACCUCCUGGGUCUACGGCAUGGGCCUCGACCUCGCUUCCUUCCUCGCCCCUCUCGGCGCCAUCACCUCCGGCAACGGGUUCUCCUGGAGCAUCGAUGGACCUCCCAUCGGUCUAGCCAGUUUGGGUCUCCUCGGGAAGGGACUCGGUCUCUCCAACAGCCACAACAGAUACGAGACGGACGCCUCGCCGACCCGCGCUGACCUCUUCUUCGGUAACAACCGCGACGUCAAUCUCUCCCAGUUCCAAGCGCUCCUGGACACGCAGGCCAACACCCCCAACCCGAACUACAACCUCAACGUGCUCACCCCCUUCCGCGCGCGGCGGUUCAACGAGAGCGUGACCACCAACCCCUACUUCUUCAACUCCCCCUUCGCGGGGCUCCUCGUCCAGCCGGCCGCGUAUACUUUCAUCUACCGCUUCAUGGCUAACAAAUCCGAAGAGUACCCCGAGGGGCUCCUCAACCGCGAGGUCUUGAUGUCCUUCUUCGGGGUGAGCGGGAGGUCUGGCAACCUCACCUACAGGCGCGGUUGGGAACGCAUCCCUGAUAACUGGUAUCGCCGCGCCAUCGGGGACGAGUACACAAUAGCUUUUUAUUUGGCGGACCUCGUGGCGGCCGCGUUGCAGUACCCCCAGUUCCUCAGCGUGGGGGGUAACACCGGCGCCCCCAAUACCUUCACCGGGGUCAGUUUCCCGGAUCUCACGAGCGGGCUUUUUAAUCUCGAAACGCUUUUCGAGGGGAAUAACUUGGCUUGUUUCCUCUUCCAGAUAACCCAGGCUGCUACUCUCGAUGCGAUGAAUAAAAUUGAUGCGCUUACCAUUCCUAUAAGAGUUAUCCUCAAUCGCCUAAGUCAGGCCGGUCCGGUUGAUUUCACUUGUCCCCAGUUGGAUGAGCUGAGCCCGUCGUUGUUCAACCCGUUUCCGGGAUACACGAGGCUGCUACCGGAUGGGACUUAUCCCAGGAGCGCACGGCCUUUCAUACCGAGGAAGCUUGGAAAUGCCACCAGAUCUGCUGCGUCUGUGGGAUAUGAACCUAUAAGGCAGGGACUCGAAUCCACGACCCCUCGCUCUCAGCUCUGGGAGUUCAUCCCGGCCAGGACUGUAGCUGCUCGGACAUCAUAAUGGCGCAGAUGGUUCUUGAUGGCUUCGACUAGAGGACUGAGUACCGGAGUACAUAUCGACGGUGAAACUACCAAACCACAUAUCUCGUUUGCGGUGUUUAAAAAUCUCCGCUCAC